UAGCCUCAAACAGCAGCUGCGGGGGGUGCAAACAAUUUUUUUGUCAGGGCAUUAAAACAGUCUUAUUUACAAUAAAUGAAAAUAAAAGUGUGCGAACAACAGAGAUGUGCAAAUACCAGCAAGAAAGUCAACAUUUUAGUUAGCGGGGAGCAGAGGGAAGGAAGGAUCUGUGAUAACUGCUGGAUGCAGAUCUGCUGCUAUUGUAUCCCCCUUCCAGACCUCUCAGGUCUUCUGGUUCUGGUAUUUUGCAGUGUUUCAGCUGCACUGAGUUCCUUUAAAUCAAGGCUCAGACCAACCUGUUCAGAACUUUAAAGAUGAUAAAUGAAACAUUGACCAACAUAUUCGAGGUAUUAAUGAUUGUAAUGACAUCAAAAUUUGUUUAUUGGUUUCUCCAUUGUUGAUUGUGUUUUAUAACUUUAUCUUUGUGUUUUUAUGUAAAGCCCGAUGAACUGGCUUGUUGCUGAAAUGAGCUUUACAGAUAAACUUGAUUGACUGAUCACUGGAUUUCCAUAUCUCACUUUCACUGCUGUCUGUCAAACUGAAGCUAAUGGACAUGAUGUUUUCAUCCUGCUGUCCGGGUUGCAUUUUAAAUGACUGGACCUCAUAAAAGCAGAGUCCAUUCCCUGAGAAUCCAUGCCUUUCUUUGCCGUGGCUCCCAAAGAAAACCAGCAGAAGGGCAGACAGUAGAUGAAGGGAGGCGGCAGCAUAAAUACAAUGAUCUCUGAAUCUGGUGGCGUUCAUCAGAGCAGCGAUCAUCCUCCCAGUCCCUCAUCCUCCUCCCUCCGCUCAGCAGUCUGCCAGCUGAGCAGCACCCGGGACACCCGGAGCACCAGCAGCAGCUUCCAGCCUCUGUUCUCCGCCUGCAUCAUGACAUCUGGGGAGUUCCUGCCGAGCGCUCCUCUGCUGGUGCACAAAUCCAGGAGGAGCCUGCUCUACAAGUCGCUCUGCUUCCUUCUCCUCUUCUUCCAGGGCGGCGUCCUGGACUUCUACCUCAUCCUCUUCACCGACCUGUACUGGUGCUCGUGGAUAGCCACGGACCUGGUGGUCAUCUCUGGCUGGGUUUUUUUUUUCCUGAAGAAUGCUCGAAGCAAGAGAGAACGGGCCUGCGGCUUCCACCAGAAGAGCUCCAUUUUCGGCUGCAACCUCGGAGAGUUCACCUACGCCUACCUGGCCUGGCUCAUCUAUGUCAUCGCCUGCACCCCGAAAGUCGUGCUCAUCCUGGAGACGUCCAUCCUGGAGCUGAUCGCGCUGAAGGUGCCGUGCGGCGUGACCGGCUUUAAAAUCACGGUGCUGCUGUCCGCGCCGCUGCUCUUCUGCCUCAUCAAUUCCAUCGUGGUGGAUUUAAACGGCCCGACCCGCCACCACUCCCAGAGCUGCUUCACCAGCACCUGCCUGGACCUGCUGGACUCGUUCACACUGAUGGAGAUGCUUCUCAGAGGCGAGCUCCCCUCCGUGUACCUGAAGUACACGGUGAUCACGGUGUACUUCGUGGCCCUGGCGGUCCCGGUGGUUUGGCUCUACGAGCUGACGGCGGCGGAGCUGCGGUGCCGGUGGCUGUGGGCCCGCUUCUCCACCGGACUGCUGGUCAACGCUCCUCUGCUCGUCGUGCGUUGUUUCCAGGUGUAUGUUUACAAGAUGCCGGUGUCGGUGUUCAUGUUCAAGAACAUCUUCUUGCUGGCGUGCCGCCUGCUGGAGCUGCUGGAGCAGUGCGCCGCGGUGCAGGGCCUGCGGAGGCGGACUGGCACCAACAACCCAGCCCAGUUCUCCCAUUGCGUGUCCGAGAACGACAUGUGCCCCCACGGAUAUGUCAACACUCUGGCCGUCACGCAAUCUUAACAUCAGCCUGCAUGUGCUGGAGGCUGGCCUGGGAAUGGAGCAGACACAGCGGGGAGCCAAGCUGAGCCUCAGCGGGCAGACUGCGGCUGUGGGCCGGGGGAGGGGGGAACAACACCACAGGGUCGCUUGUAAGCUUCUCGGAUAAAAACAUCCAGGCUGCAGGAUUUCCACUAAUAGAAGAUGAAGAUAAACCAGCACAGAGACAGCAGCACCGCGGAUCUCUCUCAUUUCUAGAAACUGGAUGUUCAAACAAUUUUUCUUUUUAUCAUGCGAAGUCAGCAAACUUUUCUUCUCCUUCUGGAGUCUUCUUCUAGUCUUUGUUGCUUUUGGGGGAUUAUAUCACAUUUCUGCUUUCCCUACACCAAAAGACCUGAGGAACUUCCUGUAGAACUUUAAACCAUUUUCUACAGGACAUGUUUGGCUGUUUAAGACUUUUGUUUCAUAUUUCCAAGCUCAUAUUUAGAACCAGUUCACACAGGUCACAUUCAGAUUAAAUUGGUGCAAACAAAUUAAUAAUAGUGAUAAUAAUUACAAUAUGAUCUUGUUGAGUUUUGGACGUAGAAUCAAAACGUGUGUUCUGACUCCAGAUGUCAUGGACAGCAGCAGUUCCUGUUCCUGUGGCUUUGUGCUUGAUUUGUCAGAACCAGAGUAGAAUGUGUGUCUGUAGUUUAGUGACUCGGUCGGUGGAGUGGACCUCUGUCUGCAGGUGUCACACUGUCAUGGCUGAUGCCACAGUGUUAGGGCAAUGAGUUCAAUCUGAUGUGAUGGUUCUGAUAGGCCGCCUGCUCCGUCCCCACUGAGCUGUUCAGAUUUCAGCUCUGGUCUCAGAUGAAGGUGAUGGAAUGUAAAGUGCCUGUCAGAGCAUGAAGCCGGUAACCUGGGUUAUUACAGGAGGUUUACUUAAUGGUACAAACAGAACUUCUGGUGGUUGUGUCUUGAAAGCUUCAAUAUUCUCAAUAAAAAGCCGACGUCAUAUUUCAUCACUUUGGCCUAAAACACACGAGGCUGUUCCUAACAUGAAGGUUGUAAAAAGUGUGGCUUUAAAAGUCCAAAUGUUUCUCCAGCCAUGUGGAGCAGAGAGCUGUGCAGUGCUCCUCCUCCCCCACCUGUUGCUGUACAUGGCCAGCGUUUAAAUUUUCCCUGAAGGAGAAGCUUAGAUGGUGGGAAAAAUUAAAGAAUAUCAAAGACAUAUUUGCACAUUUAUUCACUGCCAUAGUGAAUAUGUUAUAUUCAAUCAACAGAAGUUUUUAAAUUAAAGUGAUUUUAGUAAAAUAAACACUUAAUUGGCAGAAUCAGAAUGCAGAGCAGCACCAGGGGGCAGUUGGUCGCCUUCUGGCAAGAAGGUCUUGGGUUCAAAUCCCCCGUUGGGGUCUUUCUGCAUGGAAGUUUGAAUGUUCUUCUCAUGCAUGUGUGGGUUCUCUCCGUUCUCCAGCUUCCUUCUACAGUUCAAACACAACUGUUAAUUGGUCUCUAUACUGCCAUUUGGUACACGUGUGUGUGUGUGUGUGUGCACGUAUGGGUGUGUGUGUGAGGGCUGUAACAAUUUCUCGAAUGAUUCGAGUACCUCGAUUUAUCUUCCUCGAAGCUUCGAUAAAUUAUGUUUUAUUAUUCAGCGCACUGAGUUCCGGCCGGGUCAUUAUUUGUGUCGGGCAGCACGUUGUUGCUCAGUGCUGGCAGCACAACGUCCAGUUUUCUGGGUUUUAUUGAGAGAGAAAGAGGGAGACCCCUUUUUUCCUGAUUACUCGAUUAAUUGCAACAAUAAUGAAUAGAGUACUCGAUUACUAGAAUAUUCUUUUACAACAGCCCUAGUGUGUGUAUCUCUGGGUCGAUGACGGACUGCAGUCUCACCUAAUGACUGCUGGAGUUGCCCCAGGGUGACCCUGCACAGACAGUGGAUGGAUAUCAGGAUGCCCAAUCAUAUAGCUUUUAUUGUACAGUGGAGUGUUGUGUUUUGCUCCAUAACCUAAUUGAGAGAGCAGGUUUCUGAUUUAUCCAUAAUCAACAAGUUGUCUUACCCUAACACUACAUCCCGCUCUUGUAGUACGUUUGCUCUGUCAUAUAGUGAGAGAGUAGGGAGGAAUAGUGAUGUAAAGAGCUGAAAUAGAAGGCAGUCAGUCUGCACAGGUGGGCUUUGACAACAGCUUUAGAAAGUAAUGUGAUUUCAAAUGAUAAUUUGUCAAAAGAAAUAAAUAAUAUUGUUAGUCUCUGAUGCCCACAAAAGGAAUUUAAUACCUGAGAUUCUUCAUCAGUACAAAAAGACAUUCACUGUCUUCAGGAGUGAAGCAGACGUCCACCUGCCUUCUGUUCAGGCUCUUAUCACUGCAAUGACCCAAAUAUGUCAGAAGAGCAUAAACUGUUGCUAACUACAUGUGAGAUGUUGCUUAGUGUCUUAUUUUAAGUUGGAAUGUCAUGCCUUAUCCUGCUUGAUGUGGCAGUUUGUGCAAUAUUUCACAAAUAAAGAUACAUUUAAUGCCUUUUGCUGAA